UUAUCAUUUUCCCGGUGUUGUGUUAGAAAGCCAAUGCCACGUCACUCUCAUCGUCUUCUCUUUUUAUCUUCAACCGUCAUCCCUACAUUUGCCACCCACAUAUUCUCCCUGAAAUUGAAAUGGAAAACAAGGGUUUAUGAAUUUGGUUGAUGUGAUGACACUACAUGGCUGCCAUUUUGAUUACCAGUCCUCAAGGUCGCUUUCUUACCUUCUCUUUAUUCAACACUCCCUUCCUUCCUCUUUCACGACCCACUUCUUCAAAGCUUUUGCUCAGAAAUGGAAUUUCUUCUCCUAAGCUCCUCAAUUCCACUUUAUCUCUUCAUUCCUCUACGCCUUAUGCGCUCGGUAACUUCGGUCUUGUUUCUACAACAGAGUGUCCUGAUGGAAGCCUUGUGUUCCAUUUUGGAAAUGUGAGUGAGAAGGAAAGGAAUGCUCAAGUGGAAGAAUCGAGGGUCGUUCAUGGGGCUGUUCAGGACAGCAAAGUAAAAGUUGGCGGAGGUUUAGUGAAACAGGAUACUGAAGAUGGUCAUGCAGUUGAGGUACCUAGUGUGGACCAUGAAUUAGAAACUGUUGAUAUUGAUUCUCCGCAAAAGAGAGAAAAAAGAAACCACCCAGAUCAAGUCCUUGAUAUUGUUAAUCUUAGGAAGGUGGAGAAAGAAAAUCAUAUUGUUUUUGACUGUCAUACUUUUGAUGUCAACACCAAUCUACAUUCAAAUGAAAAUUCAAUUGAGAACGAUAACCAGAAACAAAUUUCUAGUCCAGCUAGUAUGUCUGAGUGUAAUGAUGGUGUAACAGGAGAAAGUAAUAGAGUCUCGGUCUCCAAGGUGAGUUCUGAACAAAGUAGUAAAAUUAAAGAUGUUGCUGUUAUGAGUGAUGAUGUUGUGAUAGGAGAAAAUAGCACAGCCUCUGUCUAUGGACAGAACAGUAGAUCCGAAGAUCUAACUGUUUUGAGUGAUGAUAAUGAAACGGUAGAAAACAGCAAGGCCUCUGUCUCUGAGGUGAGUUCUGAACAAAGUAGUAGAAAUAAAGAUAUAAUUGUCUUGAGCAACGGUGGUGAAACAGUAAAAAAUAGCAGAGACUCUGCCUCUGAGGUGAGUUCUGAACAAAGUAGUAGAAAUAAGGAUGUAACUCUUUUGAGUGGGGAUGGUGGAAGGACAGAAAAUAGCAAAACCUCUGUCUCUGAGGUGAGUUCUGAACAAAGUACUGAAACUAAAGAUGUUACUGUUUUGAGUAUUGAUGGUGUAACAGGAGAAAAUGGCACUGCCUCUGUCUCCGAGAUGAGUUCUGAGCAAAGUAAUAGAACUGAAGAUGUGGCUAUUUCCAAUAUUGCUUCAAUGUUGGACUCAAUGUAUGAUGGAACAAAGGUUUCUUCUUCUUUUGAAGAUUCUCAAAAAACUAUUGAGAGUGAAGCUGUAACUCUGUCAUCUUCUUCGGAAACUGUGCUGGGUACUCCAACAUAUGCAGCAGGUGUUAUUGAGGUGAUAGCAAAGUCAAUCUCUAUGAUUCUUGCCACAGUGCUGUUCAGUGCAGUGGGUGCUGGCCUACGAAGCGGAACUAGGGGCUUGGAGUUGCCCACUACUGGAGAAAAAAUAAUGAAGACCUCAUUCAAAUCUUCUUGCCUUCCUACCUUCGUCUAUCAUGCUCUUAGGGGAGCGACUAGAGUGGGUAAAGUAGCCUACUUCAGUUGCUACCAACACCCUGCCUCACCUAUGAGCAUCAUGGGUCCAUCAUGGGCAGAGCUAGAUCCUGUUGAAGGGGAACGAGAUUAUGUUGGAGAGGGACCGGGUGGCCUUGUAGCGGUACCGAGUUAUAUGGUGGAGGGAUCGGGUGGUCUUGUGACAGUACCGAGUUAUAUGGUGGAGGCACCGGAUUGUACUGCGGCGAGAGGCAAUCUUCUAGGUAGUUUUCUUGCUAUUCAGGAUACGGGUCUUAGUCGUCUUAAUUUGAAAUGGUUAAUGAUAAAGGGUGAGAUACACUAG